UCCCUUUGAUUGCGUCACACACUUCCUAAAAAUAAUCACGGCGCCAUUUCAGAAUUCAUUCAUUGGCAUUUGCAGUUUGAGUCGUUAUUCAGGAAUAACACGCCACAGAUUUGAAGAUGGUGAAAAUAUUCAUAGGCAAUCUUGACUCCGACACCACCGUGGACGAGCUACGCACUCUCUUCUCCCAGUAUGGCAAGAUCUCAGAGUGCGACAUUGUCAAGAACUUUGGCUUUGUGCACAUGAACGACAAAGCCGAAGCGGAGGAGGCAAUCAAGAACCUUCACCACCAUGAGCUCAACGGGGAGCAAAUGAACGUGGAGAUGAGCCGCGGCAGACCAAAGUCCACCACCAAGCUGCAUGUCAGCAACAUCCCAGAGGGUUGCACCAACGAGGAGCUGAAGACCAAGUUUGAGGAGUAUGGCCCUGUGGUGGAGGCUGACAUAGUGAAAGACUAUGCAUUUGUCCACAUGGAGUCUGUGGAUGAUGCCAUGGAGGCCAUCAGUAGGCUGGACAACACAGCCUUCCAAGGCAAGCUGAUGAGCGUGCAUCUGUCCACCAGUCGCCUGCGCACGGUCCCGGGAAUGGGAGCUCAAACUGGCUGCUAUGUCUGCGGGAAACAGGGUCACUGGUCGAAAGAUUGCCCAAAUGGCGGUCAGAACGGCGGUAGCUAUGGUGACAGUGGUGAACGCCCCAGAGGUGGCCUAAUGAUGGGCCGCGGCAGGGGUUUCCCACGGGGUCCCCCAGGUUUCACCAGGAGUGGCGAAAGAUAUCCGAGUGGCUACGGGAUGCCCCCAAGAGCUGCGGCAUCCUAUUACAUGGGCAGACUAGGGUAUAGCAGAUCGUCCAGUUAUCUGGGGGGGCCGCCUCUUCCCCCUUUGAGCCGUAGGCCUAGCUAUGGCUCUGCUCGGGAGUACAGCGCCGAUGCCAGGGAUCGGUACAGUGGCAGGCUACCGAGCUCUUAUCCCGAGAGGGUAUCGGCCUAUGAGCGAGACCGUUACAGCAUUCAUGUUGACUAUUAUGAGAAGUACAGGGCACGGCCAUACGGCUCAAGCUAUUUUGAAGAGCGCCGUCUGGGCUAUAUCCCCCCUCCCCCCUCUUCCUCCCUCUCAAGGCUCUCCUCUAGUGUCGACCCGUACGAGCGUCGCCCGCUACCACCAUCCUCGGCGACCGCCUCGUACUACUUGCGAGACCGCAGCCCGAUCAGACGAGUGCCUGUCACCUCUGACAGCUAUGGUUAUGAGCGUUCACGGCUGUCCCCGGUGUCGUCCUCCAGAAGCUCCUCGUACGCCGUCCCACAGGCCAGGGACCCUUACACCGAUCGGACACGCUAUGCUUACUGAGCUACAUACUGCCAAGGUGUGUAUGACUCGCCAGACUUUUCCUUUGCUACCAUUCCUCCUCCGAGCUGCAUGGUUCCAUCGAGCUGUGCCGCAAACAAACCUUUCG